AUGACGUAAUGUAUUAGUGGGAGUAAUUAAUAAUGGAUUAAAUAAUACUUUGGAGUAUUUUUGAAGUUGUUGUGUCAGUUCAGAUGGGACAAAAUUGUUCUUGUCUAUUUGUAGGUUAUAUUUGUUGUGUCACACGACAUUCAGUACGAGGUUUAUGGUUAAUAAAAUAUUUUGUAUCAUUGGUAGCCUCAAUAUUAUUUUUGUUCGUAUCCUAGUUGGUUUGCGGCGUAGUUUACUUAUUUAUCCAUUGUGGCCACUUUCUAGAUUUUUCUGCUGUGCCGAGUGACAAUGUAUUUAUGUUUAGAGAAUGUUAAACGUUUCUUUGCAGGAGAUUAAGUAUAUCGGUUGGAAAGACUUGAGUAUGCGCUGUGUAUGAAUGUCAACUAUAUUAAUGUGCUAAUUGAUUUGAACUGGUUUAGUAUGCAGGCAAAUGCAGAAAUUUGUAGUACAAAGAUGGACAAUGCUAAAACAUAAUUCACUAGUUGAAUCAGAAAAGAACACAUAAAGAGUUUUGUGUUUUAAAAAAUACAGAACUCAUAUCUCUUGACAUGGGAUUUACAUCUACCAUGGUUGUGAUUUUAGUAUGGUUUUGAAAUAGUCAGCCUUACUUAUUUUUUCAACAUUGUCUUGGAGCGAUUAAAGAAAACCAAUAGAUUUUUACAGUAUGAGACCAGUUAUUAAAAAUCUUUUACCUGCAGGUUUAUUUCCGCACUUGUAGUUUUGAAGUUCAAAUAAACAUGUUAUUUUCUUGUUCGUUGAUGUAUUAGUAGUUUUGUAUUUCUUCAGUACACUUUAAUUUUGUGGAUUCUAAAAUUGAGGUGAUUGCAAAUGAUUCUGGAGACCGAGUGACGCCUGCAGUGGUGGCAUUUAAUGAAUCAGAAAUGAUUGUUGGGUUGGCUGCAAAGUCUGGCCUUGCAAGGAAUGGACCCUCAACUGUAAUACACAACAAGAAGCUACUGAAUGAGAAAAUAGAAGAGACUGAACUUGAGGAGAUGGUGAAUGCAAGUGCAUGUAAGGUGAAGCAUGAAGAAGGAUCUGUGAGAUAUGAGAUAAAGAGGGGGGACAAGCUGUGCAGUUUUACGCCCGAAGAUGUGGCCGUCUGCAUCUUUAAGAAAAUGUAUGAUAUUGCAAGCAGUGCUGUACGCUCAGAGGCAGAUUUGCGAGCAGUGCUGGCAAUCCCCUUGCACUUCCAGCAGAACAGUCGUCAGACAGUGAUGCGGUCAGCUGAGGAGGCGGGCUUUGAGGUUCUGCAAGUGAUCAGUGAACCAUCGGCUGCUGUCCUUGCUUAUGGAGUGGGGUUGUCCAACUUGGAUGAGGAACAUCAUUGCCUGGUGUACCGGCUGGGUGGUGAGACACUGGAUGUGACGGUGGUUCAGGUCAGUGCUGGCAUGUACACCAUAUCUGGGACUGUGCACAAAUCAAACCUGGGAGGCAACACAUUCACGAGGAUACUUGCUGACUAUCUUGCAGGCGAAUUCAGACAUCGUUGGAAGUUGGAUCCACAGGAGAGUCGUCGCUCAAUGGUGAAACUGCGUAGUACUGCUGAGACCUGCAAACAUAUACUUUCAACAGUGAGCACUGCACAUUGCUUUGUGGAAUCACUUUGUGAAGGUGUUGACUUCAGUUACAACAUUACACGGGCUCGCUUUGAGAACCUUAUCACAUCCCAUCUUUCUGAGUACAUGCAGCCAGUACAUGAAGUGUUAAAGAAGUCUGGACUUAGUAGCAAACUUAUUACCAAGUUGAUUCUGAGUGGUGGAGCCAUGAAGAUGCCCAAGCUGCAGCAGGCAGUGGGGGAUCUCUUCCCUGAGUCUGAGGUAUUGAGUGGGAUCUCUCCUGAUGAAGUGAUUGCAACAGGUGCAGCCAGGCAGGGCAGCUACCUUGCACGUCCGUUUGAUCCAGACUGUGAACAUCUUGCCAUAGAAGUUCCUGCUGUUUCCAAGCCUAUAUGUGUUAAGGUGUCUGAAGAAAUAGGACUCAAGUGCAUUAUUCCAGCGCUGACGCCUGUCCCAGUAAAGCGCAUACAGACACACACCAUCACAUCAGAGCAGUCAGAUGUUACAGUGGAACUGUAUGAGACUGACGGGAACUCUUGUGGAGCGCCACUUCUGUUUGGCAAGGUCCAUUUGUUUGAUAUUGUAGGGCCAACAAAGAUCAGUAUAGAGGUGAGCCUAAACAGUGUUGGUGGGAUGCAUGUUAUAGUCACGGAUCACAAGAGCCAGAAGAAACAAACAUGGAAGCUGGAGGUGUGAUGGUAUGAGCUUUAGGUUGCAUGUAUGUAAUUGUGUUGUUGGUUGUAAGCAAUAAAUAAUUUUUUUACAUAUGGUUAGCAGUUAUGAGAUUGGGAGUCUGUUGCUUUGAGAUGGCUGGAUCCUGCAGAGUCUGUGAUAUUAUCAACGUAUACAUAAUAGGGCUUGAAGUAAAUAGGGUGGGUAAAAUGUCAUAUGUUGCAUAUUUAUUGAAAGAUAAAUAUUCCCAAUAGAAGAGGAUACAGUCUUAGUGAUGUAAGUAGCAUUAGACAUGGUGUGGAGGAAAUGCGUCUAACCAACAUAUGAAUGAAGUUUUAAUCAAGUUUUUGUAUAUUAUUUUUACAAAAAGAGUGCAUAACAGCUUGGUUGCAUUAGUCUACAUUUUUUACUCCAUAACUGCUGGAGAGAUUUCAGUGGAUUUUGGUAUUAGGAAUCAACAUCGUUAGUUACCAUAUGAAUUUAAUUGUGAUGUGUACUUUAUUCUUUAAUUUAACUUUAUUAAAUUUCUCGAAUGGUUCAUCAUUUAAAAUAAUAUUUCUUUUCAUAAAGUAUAGGUCUCAUCAAAGCCUAUAACUUUUAUUUAUACAUUUUUUGACAUGGCGAAUAUUUAAUAGGAUAGAAAGAACAUAAUUAUUUUCCACUUUUGAGUGUUGUAUGUGUAAUGUGAUCAGCUUUGCAGCAAUAGAUUUGUGUUUGAAAUGUAUGGCUGUCAAGGUCAGUGAAGUGUGCAAAAUUUUAAUCACUUGUGCCCUUGUAGCUUUGUGUCUGAACUUCCUUUCCAGUUCUAUAUUCAAAAAGUUUCAACUGCAAUUAUAACGUAUUCAAGUGAGUGGUCAUUUUUAUGCUGCUGCUCCCAGAAAAAGAAACCACAUUACCCACUGAAAAGAGGCUGGAUGAGGCUGACAGACAGCUGCUGUGUAUACAGUGAAGCAGGGCAGAACAUUCAUGUUAACCGUGUUGGCUCAGCUGACAAGGUUGUGGUUAGUUCUGCUGUGUUCUGGUGUUUGGAGUAUCUCUGAACCAUGUAAGCAAGAUAAGACUUUAUUUUUUAAAGUGUAAGCCAGGGUAAUAUGGUUAACAUGAAUGCUGCGCCCCUGGAAUGAAGAUUUCUUCUCGAAAGUCUAACCCUGGUUGUCCAGCUCCUACUCUCCACAUUUAUGUUUAUCAGUUUAUCAACUAGCUGCAAAUUACUGAAUGUGUUAAUAGUGCAAACCAUGAUGCAGCAAUGAGGUUUGACAUGGAUGACCAGAGUUUGAUGCCGGCUAUGGAUAUUGGAAUGACAUGCUCACAACUGAAGGUUGCAAAAAUGCACUUUUUAGUGUCUUUCUUUCUGUCUGUCCACUUGUGGUAACUUGAGAACCACUGAAUGGAUUUUCAUGAAACCUGAUACUUUGACUUACUAAUAUUUGUCAGCUUAUUCCAGUUUUGAUUAAAAAGAGACAACAAAGCUUGGUUGAUGGCCUA